GAAAACAGAUCCGAAAUUGGAGAAGUCUUUCCAGAAGCGAAGAAUCUCAAACCAGUUAUAGUGAUGUAUCUUUUGUGGCUAAUUUCUAUGAUUGGCGCCGUUGUGUGUCAAGAUUAUGCCUACCUGUCUGAUCAAAAAGCUCCAGGCCCAGCAAACUGGCCCCAAAUCUUCCCACAAUGCGGCGGAAAACUUCAGUCUCCUGUCAACAUCGAGACAAAGAAAGUGAAGAAGAAAAGCUAUCCUGAUCUCAAGAUCAGUUUUGACAACCCCUGUGGACUGGUGACCGGGGAGCUUGUUAAUGGCGGCCAUUCUCCUACCUUCAACAUCGACUGCUCAAAGGGGAGCGCUAAACUCAGUGGCGGUCCCUUGGAGUGUGACGAGUACGCCCUUCAACAAUUCCAUUUUCAUUUUGGAUGCGAAAACAGUCGAGGAUCGGAGCACUUGAUUGACAACAAGACUUUCCCAGCUCAGCUUCAUUUGGUUUUCUAUAACAAAAAGUACAACUCCUUCAAGGACGCAGUGGAUAAACCGGACGGCUUAGCAGUUCUCGGAGUCCUUCUCACGGCGACGUGCCCAGGAAACAGGGUUCUAGGAAAAUUUUCUAAUAAACUGAAAAAAGUGAUUGACGAAGGCGCCAGGACUAAUGUGACCACCGCCGACGGCAUUCGUCUAAACUACCUCAUGCCCUACAAUAACAAACAAGUCAACGAGGAGGAAGAUGAAGACGAAACCGAUGAUGAUGACGCCGCUGCUAACAGCGAAGAUGACGAUGAAGACGAAAAAAAGAAAAUACGUUACUACACUUACAAAGGUUCCCUUACCACUCCUCCCUGCUAUGAAUCUGUCACUUGGAUCGUUUUCAAGGACAAAGUCAAGAUUUCGAACACUCAGCUCAACAAGUUCAGGAAACUAAAGGCUCAGUACGGUGGUGCUCCUGGUUUAAUGUGUGAUAACAUGAGGCCGGUACAACCGCUGUACAAACGCAAGGUGUAUUCUGUCGUCUCAAGCCGGGACUAAAUAGCCAAAAGCUGUUUUUUAAACUUCUCCUGGUCUUACUUAAAAAAUCAGAUAAAUUGAAGGCGCAAGUGCGAGUUUAUUAUUUAAGAAAAAUGUGUAAAAAUCGGUGCCACAUGUAUAUAAUUGUGAAAUAUUCCAAUUUUUUUAACCAGGGAAUAAUUUUGUAUUGUGCGAGGAGUUUAACAAUUACAAUGAAUAUAUGAAGUUCAUAUAUUUUGAACUGCGAUAGUAGAUACGUAUGGCGCACGAUC